UCAAUCUUCGCAAUAAUCUAAACUUUUGAUCCAUCUUUGAUUUAAAUCCAAUUCUACACAGUUCUCAAAAAUAACCAUUACAAUUUAUCCUUCCACGAUACAAAUCUAAAUAAAUUCUAAAAUCAGUGUCAUCCUGCAAAUUGAACGAUCGUAUCGAUUGCGCCUCUGGAGAGCAUUUCUACCAGCCAAAUCAACGAGCCAAGUCCACGAGAACUGAUUGCGUGUAUUCGAGGAGCGCGUUCUCUCGGCGAUGAGAAGGAUCGAUGCGGUUUCCGUGGUAACGGCGCCGUCAGAGAGGUCGGAGUCGCGGAUGGUGGUGGACGAAGAGCAUCGAGUACAAAACUGAUGCAGUAACGACACCGCCGUCGCCAAAGAACACAUCUUUUGCACUUUCUCCCGCGUGUGCGUGCAUCCGUGUGCUUCGUCAUUCCUCACCAGCAUUCCGCCUGCACGACGUCGCUUCGAGACGACGAGCAUCAUGCGGAGGCAGCCGAUCCUCCGCGCCAGAACAACGGUAAAAAACUCGAUCGCGAGGGUGAUCGGGGGAAUAUGUACGAAAAAUCAUUGCGACCAGAAUCGGGCAUCCGUUUGUUGCGAAGAUGGAGCGACAUGCCGCAGCAUUUGCAGUUCAAUCCUCACAUCCGCACUGGAUAUAGACCCCUCAUGACCGUGGCCCAGUGUCUCGGCAGUUUGUUUUACAUCCACAAUGAAACUGUCAAUAUCUUGACACAUGGAUUUGCCAUUUUAUAUAUGUUAUUGACUAUUCCUCAACUUCUUCCAUGGAAUACCAAAGGUAUCUUCCUAGCAAUCUUAUCUUGGUGCCAUUUAAUCGGUGCUGUAAGUCCUUGGAUUGGAUCAUUCAUUUAUCAUCUUUUUAUGAAUUUAAACUACGAUGAAAUCUUCUACAGAUCGCUAUUGAAAUUAGAUAUGAUCGGUAUAUGGCUGUGCCAAAGUUUUGGAGCAAUACCUAUGAUAGCAGCAACAGUCCAUUGUUUAUGCGAUAGUUAUUGGUAUAGCUGUAUGUUUAUCUACUGUUCCCUGAGUAUAUGGGGACUUCUCAAGGCAAUGAAUGCACAGUCACCGUGGGAGAGAAGAUUAUGUUUUGCACCUCCUUUUCUCAUGAGAAUGUUAGUACUGAUUCUACGAUGUUUCGGUAUUGGCGGUGGUUCUCCAGAUGCUUUACUUCAUAUUGUGCUACAGGACCUUAUAGCGAUUGUGGGAGCUACUAUAGGUGCCAUGCGUAUUCCUGAAAAAUGGAUACCAGGCAAACUGGACCUGAUAUUGAAUUCUCAUAAUUUAAUGCAUGUGCUGGUUGUCUUGGCGGUUUGUUCGAUGCAUGCUGCAACUUUGCAAGAUCUCACUUGGAUAAUCAACUCGUCUGCGUGCAAUGAAACGAUCUUCGUUCAAUUAAAGCAUGAUGAACUGUGAUGAAAUGACAUGUGUAAACAUAUUUUAAUGAAGUCUGUGAUAAAACGAGCCUAUGCCAACCGGUUACUUUGUUUAAACGACAAAAAUACUUCGUGACCAUAAAAUAUAUAUCUUUUUAAUUAGUAAUAGAAAUGAAAAAAUAUGCAUAUAUAUACAUACCAAAAUUUAAUGAUAAUAAGAAGUAAGCAAUAUUCACUGUACGUGAAAUAAUAGAAGUACAAGUACAAGUACAAAAUUUAACUUGUCAUAUCACAGAGAAUAUCAUAAAUAAAUAAUAUCCACUUUAAUUUAAA